AUGAGGAUGCUCCGGCUGCCGCCCAGGCUGGUCAACCGGGUGGAGGUGGAGCUCUCGCAGCAGGAGAGGGAACUCUAUGAAAACCUUCGAAAGGAGUACCAGGAUAGGAUCAGUGAGUACAGGAGCAAAGGGACGUUACACAUGAACAGGUUUAUCAUUUUGAGCAUGCUGUUGCGGCUGAGGCAAAUGUGUGACCAUCCGGCUCUGCUCGACAGUGAACAUCUCUUUCGAGUCGACGAAGAAGAUGAUCUGAUCACGGAGGAUGGAAGUGGCCUGAAGGAGAUGAGAGAGGCCGUCAGGAAGCUCCAGCUGGAGGCCCGGGAGAAGCAAGAGGAUUUUGAUCGCAGCGUGCAAGAGAUUGGCCAGUCUGCAAAGCUGAAAGCCGCAUUAAGAGUGCUCGACAUGACCCCUCGGGGAGAGAAAUCCCUCAUCUUCUCGCAGUGGACAUCAAUGCUCAACCUGAUCGAGCCGGAGCUGGAAGGAGCCGGGAUCCAGUUCUCCAGGAUCGACGGGAGCAUGAGUGCGGGAAAACGAGUUGCGGCAAUCAAAAGAUUUAGUGAGGAUCCAGAUGUGGUGGUGAUGUUGAUAUCUCUCAGGGCUGGGCUCAACCUGGUGGCCGCGUCUCAUGUGCUUUUAAUGGAUAUGUGGUGGAACCCCACGACUGAAGACCAGGCAAUUGACCGGACGCACCGCAUUGGUCAAACCCGGCCAGUCCACGUGACCAGGUUUGUGGUCAAACAGACUGUCCAAGAACAUGUGUUGGAGAUCCAGGAGAAGAAAAAGAAGCUGGUAGAAUUUGUGUUUGGGGAGAAAAGCUCUGAAGAGCAGAGUCUCAGCAUUGAUGAACUUGCUUCAAUGUUUGAGCUCCAAAAUUUGGCUUGA